CGGGAAGGGCUUUCAUGCUCACUGGAGGAGUACAAUAAAGCAGAAGGCAGUGUAGUCCCAACAUGUAGAUGUGAGAGUUGGAAAUCUUUUAAUUUCUUCGAAACAGACAUUGUAUAUUGGAUCUCAGGUCUUUUGAAGUUGGGACAAUAACUGCCACCACUCUGUGCCCAUCCUACUUUUCAGUAAUACAGAAUUCGUAUCAAACUGGCAGUCGUUCAUUAUUUCUAUAGCAUACAGUUUUGGCUUUAAGAUAGGGGAUUAUCUAAAUAAUUUCGUACAUAAGGUCGUUUCGUAGGUCGCCGCUUAUUUUGAAGUUUCGUAACUUUAGCUUGGAUUCUUGGUCUCUUAGGUUUUCGCGCUAUCUGAACAUAUAUAUAGCAUAAAAAUUAUUCUUUUUUCAACAUUACUGUGAGAAAAAGUUGCUUACAAGUCAAUUUAACACGCACCAGUAGUUGGUAUUUCCCGCAAGAUGCCUCUUUCGACUUUUAAGAAGCACUUUGCACGAGGUAACCAGUUUUUGUCUGAAAAAUUAGGGGGAGUGAAGGGGACUGACAAAGGAGAAGAAUAUAGGCACCUUACUCAGUUAAUUGAUUCAUAUAAAGCUUAUUAUGAGAAUGUCCAGAAACGAGUUAUUGAUUGCUUGGAACCUAAUCCAAAUGCUCGGAAACGAGCAUGGGCCAAUUCAACUGUAAACAAGAUACAAGGGACUUCAAGCAACGAAACUUACCCGCAUGCAGAGAAGGCUCUUUCUGAAUGCUUUCUGGAAUAUGGACGACAACUAAGCCAGCAGCAAAACUUCAGUCUAGCUCUUAUACGAUGUGGAGAGGCAUACAGCAGAAUAGUUGAUUCAAAGAACCAGUCGUUAGAUGAAACAAAAACUGGUUACUUAAAACCUAUAUCUGAGACAUUAAAUCAGGAUAUCAGAGAGAUAACAAUGCUUCGAAAAAAAGUUGAAAAUAAACGAUUAACUUUUGAUCAUCGAAAGCAUGUCUUAGAAAAAACAAAUUCUCAACCGGAUGAAGCAUUUGAAGAGGCGAAAUGUCAGUUUGAAGAGUCGUUAACAAUUAGUUCAAAGGCGAUGUCAAACUUUUUGGAUGGUGAAGUUGAACAAAUUGAAGCACUGUCGAAUUUGGUUACUGCUCAACUAAGUUUCUAUCAAGAUGCUGUUCGAAUAUUAUCUGAUUUACAAGGUGAACUACAAACUAGAUUGUUAGAUGCACAUGAUCAAGCAAAGCGGCAUGUUCCAUAUCCAGUAAGCCCAAAACAAGGCUUUACAGACCUGCCUACAUUUGAUUCAGGUUCUACCAAUUUUCAAAUUAAACCGAAAUAUGAAAAUCAAUCGAAACAAACACCUACAUGUGUAGCACUUUAUGAUUUUGAUGCUGAAAGUCCCUUUGAAUUGUCGUUUCAUGAAGGCGAGGAGAUCAAGUUAAUUGAGCAGGUUGAUGAAAAUUGGUACUUAGGUGAACUGAGGGACAAGAAGGUCAUUUUCCAACCAAUUAUGUUCGUGUUUUAUGCCCGUUACCGUGAGAUUUAUUUCAGUCAAUCGAGUUUACUCGUCUACUGGUGUUUUUUUCCAGUUUACACACAUCUCUCUCUCUACUCAGCUAAUUACUUCAGCAAUACUACAGUGAAAGAGUUUGUGCCUUUUAUGUUGUUGUUAUGACAUUUGUUUUUUUCGAUAAGUAUACAUACAUACAGAUAUACAUACAUGCAAACUUACACUCUUAUACAGAUAAAACUUAAUAUAUAUCUUCAUAAUAACAACGAAAGCCGAAUAAUAGUUCACGGAGUGGUAAUUUUCUUCACUUCUUCUUGCCUUCUCAUUGGUCUUCCAUGAUCGCCUUUUUGUGCCUGAAUCAUUGUUAUUAUUUUGCCAAGUAUGAUGAUACGCAGCUGUCAUUCUUUAUGGGUAGUUUUAUUGCGUUAUGUGCAUUAUUUACUGUGUGCAAUGUUUCUUGUUUUCUCGCCUUCCAUUACAGUUAUUCAUUUGUGCACAGUGUUUUGUAUCUGAUAGCUAUAUUCUUCUCAAAUGGUGUAUGUGUACAUGUAUAAUGCUACAAAUAUUAUUUUGAUCCACUUAUGUUGAUUGGUUGAUUUCUGUUUUAAAGAGUGGAGAAUAUAACAAAAUGUAAUAACUUUGACAUGUAUUUACACUUUGUUUUAAUGAUAUAUCAUUCAGUAUGUACUAUUUUAUUCAGAGAUUGAUUAUUGAGUACAUGAACUAUUACAUCAUACAUUUUGUUUAUUUAGUUUCUGCUUACCUGAAAGUUUUAUGCUGAAUGAAGCGAAAAAUAGAUAUUUUUUUCCCAAAUCUUCGUUCGUAGGACAGGUUCUUUUCAUACAUUUGUGCGUGUGUGUUGCAAAAAGUCAGUAUUUAAAGCAUUAUUAUUAUUAUUAUUU